CCAGCGCCGGUGAGCGCGCCAUUGCGCACAUCAUGUGUUCAGGGCGAGGGCACAGCGUUUAUGUCCUCGUGCAAUACAUGAGCCAAACGUUUCUUUAAUCGGUAUACUUGUCAUAAUAACGCAUGGUUGGAAUUUACGACACAUGAAACGGAUAACUCUCGGAUAAUGUUAAAAUGUGAUCUUGGCUUUUGCCCUAACUGCUCGGGGGGCAGCGAACAACGCUGAUGACAGGUUUUUUGACAGUGCUCCUUUUUUGCAUUCGUUUAUUGGAGCGCAGGACAAAGAAAAGUGUGCGAUGGAUGUGUCUCUUCUGGGGUUUCCAUUACUAUCAACACCAGUGUCUGAACAUUGAGCUCUGGAAUGGCUUCAUAAUAUUGAGCUGCCUGAGUGCCACCACACAUUUGCCCAUUGCUGGUGCUGCUGAAACACACGGGAUGACAAUAGAUGACGUUAAAGAGCUUCAGUCGGAGUUGAAAAACUUGAAAAGUACCAUAGAAAAAUCAGAUGCCUGUUUGUAUGCUCCUACCAACGAUGACAUCUACAAUGACAACUGCAUCUUUAAGUUCAUGCACUGUUAUUUAUUGGAGUUGGAGGUUGUCCUGUUCGAGGACAUGUCGGUCACAGAUAACUACCAUGACGAAAUAAAAACAUCCAUCUACCAUCGGAAAAAGAAUUUGGAAGAACAUGAACACCAAUAUAACAGUUCCAGAUGCUCACCGUGUGAGGCACAGAGAGUUGCCAACUCCACAAUAUUCCUCUACAACCUGGAGCGCCUUUUGGAGAGAAUAGGGCAAACUGUCAGUUGAAUAUAUUGUAAAUAUGUGUUUAAAUUGUUUUUCAUAAAUAACGUAGCAAAUAAUGUCAUGUGUGUGUUAUUCUACCUUUGGUCAUGAUAGUAUGUGAAGAAAUUGUGACAGCUAGUGCUCGUGUCCAAAUGUAUAUUACCUCUCAGUUCAAGUGUAAUUGUAACUAGCUGUUUAUAUUUUUGUAUAUAAUCAAAUAUAACUUUUACAUCUGUACUUUUGUCAUAUUUAUUAAUACAUUUUAUUGAAAUGCCUAUUUGGAGCUUUACAUGUUUUUGUUUCAUCGUCCAUGUCAUAUGCACACUGUCACUAAUUGUCACUAACUAGUUUCCCUUGAGUUCUUGUCAGUAUGUCAGAAUUGCACAUCCUGAAUCAAAAUAAAAUCCCAGAAAACAUAAA